AUGGGCCUCCUUGUCCAGGCCCCUAACCUCGCCGGCGCUCGGCGCCCGACCGCCCUCGUCGUCCGGAGCGACCGCGGAGGGCGGUUCAAGGUCACCGCCGCGGCGUCCGGUGGCUCUGUGAAGGAGGAGGAGGAGGAGAAGGGGACCGGAAAGAAGGAGAAGAUAGUGAUUAGAGUCUUGGACCCCGUUCGGGAGAGGAGGCUGCCGCCGCCUCUGUUCUCAGCCCCAGAGACUCCGGCAGAGUCCCCGGCGGCGAUUCGGCGCCCGGAAGAGGACGGGGAAGAAAGGCGGAGGUACUACGUGAACAUGGGGUACGCCAUCCGGACGCUGAGGGAGGAGCUCCCUGACGUAUUCUGCGAGGAACCCAGCCUCGACAUCUACAGAGAAGAUAUUGUCUUCAAAGAUCCUCUCAGUAAAUUCGUGGGUAUUGAUAGCUAUAAAAGGAUAUUCUGGGCGCUGCGCUUUACCGGUCAGAUUUUCUUCAAGGCCUUGUGGAUUGACAUUGCUACUAUAUGGCAACCAGUCGACAAUGUAAUUAUGGUCCGGUGGAUCGUUCAUGGCAUCCCUAGAUUCCUACAGGAUGGUCGUAGCCGCUUUGAUGGCAUGUCAGAGUAUAAGUUGGAUAAGAAUGGGAAGAUUUACCAGCAUAAGGUGGACAAUGUUGCCAUGAAUUCUCAAAAGAAGUUCAAGAUCUUGCCUGUCGAAGAGCUCAUCAGAUCACUCGGGUGCCCAUCCACUCCAAAACCAACUUACUUCAAGAUAACCUCACUCACGCCGUUUUGGUUGAGAUGGACAUGGAUGAGGUAA